CAUCAACGCGUGUUGACCACGGACGUGGGGCAUUCCCACUUUUUGUUCUCCAUUUGUGUCUCCACGGACGCUCGUCGUCGCCGGCAGCCAUGAGCAGGAGGGAUUCUCGUGCGUCUCUGGGGGCGCGGCAGAAUGACGCCCUGUUCGAGUUCGAGAACUUCAAGAAGAAGUUUCUGCAGGCGAACAAGCAGAUAACCAAACUCAAUUCAACGAUGAGCGUUCGAAUAGAAGAACUGAACGCCCAGAUUUCGACGCUGUACAACGAAAACUUACGACUCCGGGCCUCUGAAAUUGCCCUUUCGACGGAACUCAAGCGAGAACGACAAAAGUCGGGAAAAGUGCUGGCUGAGGUAGAGAUAGCGGCUCUCGGUCUCACCAAGCACCUCGACUUCCUGCGACAAACAUUUAACAUACGCCAGCCUUCAGAAUCUCCCACGCCAACACUUCCCAGAGCCACACGACGCCCGUCACCAGCCACGUCUUCGUCGUCGCCGUCGCCGACGAACCGCCUAUCCCGACCACCAAGUAUACCAGGAAUUUGCGAAGAGGAGGAGCCAAGCCCCACCUCGGAAGAAGAGCAAAUUGAAAUCGAGAAACCACCCAGUCCUUGCCGCAAAGUCAAGACAAAACCACGGUUAUCAGCGUCGAAGCUGCCGCUGCCAUCUCGGAUGGCUUCUCCGCCCCCAAUGCUUGAUCUUUCUUCCACACAUGUGAAUCCUCUGCGAAAGAAACCAGGACGACGUCAAAGUGGUCUGCUAACAGUCAACAUUGACAUGGUCCAGGGUGACAUACUGUCUAUGCACCGGCCAGUCACUCCUAUCCUAGGAAUGACCAAGGCGGAGAAUGAGGCUUGUGAAGAGGAAGAGGAAGCAGAGGAGGAAGCAGCUGUCUACAGUGGCUUGGUCGAAAACGUGGACGAGGAGGAGGAAGUGGAAAGUGUCAAAGUCAAGAAGGAGAGACGACGCAAAUAUAAGGACCGGGACGCUAUAGCCGAUACCACCUGCGAUAAGGAGAUGAAAUCACUUCAAGAUGAAGACGGCGACUUGGUGUUGGCACCUCAAAAACUCAAGUUUAAGGACGUAACGAACUCGCCUAGGCGGCGAACGCCUGACCCUGGCACUGAUAGCUCCGUCAAUACUGUUCCAGGUGACUCUGGGGCUCCUCGCCAGUUCUUAGUAUCUUCCCCGUCGCGCACCUCCCAUCUUCCCACUCCCCAUCCUUCGAGUCCCACGCCACCACCAGAACCUGAAUGUGACACUGGUGGACGCGAGCGUCGGGUCAGAAAAAGUGUCAAUUAUGCUGAACCCAAGCUAAACACGAAAAUGCGGAAACCUGACUCCGCAACCGGUAAUUCAGCACCGAGAAAACGUGCAUCGGCGUCUGCUGCACUGGCUACGUCUACGUAUAAGACCGUCGUGGACGACACCACGCACGAUGCAGAUAAUGACACCGAGGCCCGGUCGUCGGUUGAACAUCCUCGUGCUAAUGGAACAGCCAUUGACCCUGCACAGUUGCCUCUUCCACCUUCACGGCCGUCGUCGAAGGUAGGGCAGAGAAAACGGUCAAGGCCACCACCUGUAAUUGAUGAUGACGAUGACGACGGCGCCGACGCGGAUGCAGAGUACAUACCAGCCAAAGGACUGGCAAACGGAUGGGUUAGUGACGGGAAACGACGACAGGGAGCGAGGAAAGCCGGCUUGUAUGAUGAGGAGACCCGACGACAUAGUCUCGCGGUUUGAUACCCUGGGACACCCCCCUAAAGGUACUUUUUAUGUGGUAAAUACGAAUGAGAAGGGUGAAUAUGACCAUGCAUAUUGGGCUGUAAUAUAAUAUUAUCACUAUGGUACUACA